GAAUGCGGCGACACUGAAGACACCACGAGGUUUGGCUAGCGAUAUUGGUUAAAAAAAUACAGUGUGAAUUCAGCAGUAUGUCAGACAGCGAGUCAAUAAAGAAAAUGUUGCGGUCUGUACUCCAGUCCAGCAAGCUCGGCGUGUCUAUAAACUCCCUUCAGUCAGAGUUCAGGUCACUGUGCGGAGAGAGCAUCCCGUUGAGGAAGCUGGGCUUCUUAAAUCUGGAGGAUUACCUCAGGAGCAUCCCCUCUGUGGUGCGUCUGGAGCACCGCAUGGGUGAGAUAAGGUGCUUUGCUGCGGUGUGUAAAGAGACAGCCCAUAUCGCUGAGCUGGUGGCCAAGCAGAAGAGUGCCAAGAAAUCUGGCCGCUCCAAGUUUGUCAACUGCAAGAUGAGAUUCAAGCCUUCUAAUCCAUACAUGCUCAAUGUGAGGCCAAGGUCGUCUCUCCGUCAACCCUCAGUUGGCGAUGCCUUUCACUGGACACCAAACCGCCCUCGGCCCUGUAGCGGCUACAGAGGAGGCUGCAGCGCCUCAGGAGACUACAGGCAGUUGGACCAAAGGUUAAGCUCAGUCACCCCUGUCCAACACAGACAACCAGCUCCUCAGCCCGCUGUAAAACAGGGUUUGAACAGCAGGGACGAGAAGAGCUUAGCAAACUGCCAGAAGCCUCGAGAGAAACCUUUUGAACAUAUCUCCAGACUCAGCCAAUCUCAGUCUUGUCUGUAUGACGUGGAGCUCGUGCAGAGUAGAAUGACUCAGAUCCUGGAGAAAUACUGCAGCGGAUUUUGGUUGUCGAAACUACCAGUUGUCUACGCUGAAAUGUUCGGUCAGAAGCUCCACCCUCAGGUGCUCAUAGAUCUAAAGAAGUGGACAGACAUCGUAAUGGUGGAGCAAACGCCGAGCACCAACAGAGCCGACCGACUAAUCUACCCUCCUCUGCCUCCUAAGCCUUGUGUUUUACCUAGAAGUAGCACCACCAGCACACUUCAAGCAUCACCCUCUGAUACAAUAAGUAUAAACACACCCAUUUCUUCACACCCUUCAACACCUGAACAGCCCUCCAGCCCUGUCACUUCCUUCCCUGUCCCUAAACCAAGAGUUUCCCCCUUGGCUAAGCCCACCUUCAUCUUUUCUUCAAAACUUGCCCACAACCCAGCUCCUGCUCCACAGCUGCCCUCCCUUGUUAGUCUUGCAGUCAAUGCCAGUGGUGGAUGUAAAGAUCAUCACAACUUGCCUACAACUACCUUCAACCACAGUGGAAACACCCAGCCAGCGGCUGUCCAACCUGGCCCUGAAAUUUUACCCCUUUUGAAGGUCACCUUCUCCCCAUCCUCUGAUUCUGCCCCUCCUUGUCCCCCCAAAUCCUCCGCUGUCGUCGUGUCAGCUGAGGUGCGUGAGAGAAUGAAGGAGCUUCUGUCCAAGUACAGUCAGGGUCUGUGGGCCCAUGCUUUGCCCAAACUCUUUAUGGACACAUACAAGACACCAUUCCCCAAACAUGUUCUGGACAACUUGUCUCUUUUGCUGGAUUUCUGCAGUGUGGAGUACCCGAUACCGCAUGACAAAAAGAAGGCCAUUCUGUAUAUAUCCAGCAGAGCAGACACGGAAGCCACAGACAGCCAAGACAGCCAGCGAUGCAAAAGCCAUCCCCUUCCCUCUGGUCUAGAGGUCCUGGGACCUUUGGUGCCUUCCAGUCUGGUUCUUCCCUUUGAGCAGUACCCCUCUGUUUUGAUUACUGAUGCCAAGAGCAGCAAUGCUGUUACCAUAAGGUAUGUCGGUGAGAACUACUCGAAUGCCCAGGAGGCCAUGGAGGAGGCCAUGUGCUCCUUCUACAGCCAAAGCUCCACUCAGCACCCUCUGUCAAAACCUGUUGUUGGUCAGCUUGUUGCAGUCAGAGGGGAGGAUGGAGAUGAGAUGGCAAGGGCACAAGUCAUGGAGGUUACGGCCCCUGACAAAGUCAAGGUAUACUAUGUGGACUAUGGCUUCUCUGUGGAAACCAGUGGGACUAAUCUGCUGGAGCUGCACCAGGACUUCCUCUCCCUGCCGUUCCAGGCUAUCAAUGUCAGACUUGCAGGUCUUGAGGCAUUCAGCACCCAUGUAGUGGUGCUGUCUUCUCUGGACAAGUUUGCAGUGGGAAAGAUCCUACUCAUGGAGACAUUACAGCCGUGUCCACAGAAUGAGACGCCUAUGGCAGUGCUCUUCGACACCUCGCAGGAUGAUGACAUCAACAUCAACUCCACCUGCCUGAAGGCUCUCCAAGAUGUGACCAUGAACAACCCUCUGACUGUAAAUGCUACCUACCAAGACGUGUGUGUCACAAAUGUAUGUGCGGAUGGUAUCAUCUACUGCCAGCUGCCCUCCAGAGGAACCACAAGACUCCGCAAGUUGCUGGAAGAGACGGAGUCCUUCUUCCUCUCCCAGAUGUCAUCUGAGUCCCUGGUUUCCAGGCCUUUCAAUGGCAAGCUCUGUCUAGCCCGCCACAAAGGAAUCUGGUCCAGAGUGGAGGUCACAACCAUGUACGGCAACAGAGUGAUUGAGAUCUUCUUCAUUGACUUGGGUGUCUCAGCCACUGUGGAGGUCACUGAUCUCCGAGAGAUCCCCCCUCUUUUCCUAAAAAGCUUCACCAUCAUCCCACCACUGGCUAUCAAAUGCCGCCUGGCUGACGUCACAGUUCCAGAGGGGGACUGGUGCCCAGAGGCCGUUCAGUGGGUGAAAGAGGCUGUCCUGGGUUCUGAAGACUGCAAAAUGAAGAUUUUAAAAUUAGACCAGCACAAAGGGAACACGCUGGUCUAUAUGUAUCUUUUCAUCGGUGCUGACAGUCAGGACCUGGACAAGAGCAUCAACCAUCAGCUGGCCAAGUCAGAGCUGUGGCAGAAACUCACCACACAGAACAACAACACAAUCAACAGCAACAACAGCAGUGUGGAUACAGGUCUCAGUGCUCUAGUGGAGAAGUUGACUCUGAGCAGCCCUGUCCCAAACCCCAUCGUCAAGGCCUCAACCAGACUUCUUCAUGGAGCAGAAAACUCCAUUUCUACAGAGACAGCCACCAAAGCUGAGUUGCAGCCACUUUCACUGCCUCCCCCACUGGAGCUCCCCCAGCCUGGUCAGAACAUGGAUGUGUUUGUGCCAGUGGCCUGCCACCCUGGUUACUUUGUGAUGCAGCUAUGGCAGGACCUGCAUAAGCUGGUGGUGCUGAUGGGUGAGAUGAUCCUCUAUUAUAACCAGACAUGGAAGACCAACUUGCCCCCACCCAUCCGAAAAGGAGAUAUCUAUGCUGCCAAAAUAGACAAGAACUGGCACCGUGUGCAGGUGAAGGGGAUUCUGUCCAACGGGCUGGUUUCUGUCUUUGAGUUGGACCACGGCAAACAUGAGCUGAUCCGCAGCUCUCUCCUGCGGCCUCUGAUAGAGGAGUUCAGACAGCUGCCCUUCCAGGCCAUCACUGCUCAACUGGCAGGUGUGACGCAGCACCAGUGGUCAGAGGAGGCCUCCAUGUUAUUCAGGAACCACGUGGAGGAUCGAGCGCUGGUUGCUCAGGUGGAGACUGGGCCAGAGGUGGAUGAGAAAGGUGAGCUGUGGGAACGCAGGUUGACAGUUUACCUGGUGGACACUACAUUGGAGGACAGAGACCUUUGGAUUCAUACCAUCAUGGCCGACAUCGGUGGUGAGAUGUCUUCGGCAGCCUAGGAUGUCUUCUCACGCAUGUUGGUAAAUUAACUGGCAAGCUGACUGGGUGAGUGAGAGACUAACAACACUUCUUUCCCUGGUUCUUUUCAUUUUCUAAAAAUGGUGAAAGUGCUUGGUAAACUUUAAGCCAAGUCACUUUCUCUGCCCUCAGUUCGUUUUCAGCGUUAUGAGUCUUUCUCACAGACUUUAAAGAAGCACUUUUCAUUUUGGGGUCGUAGUAAAAAAACAUUUCAGCUUGAGUUGGGAGAUGUGUUGUUGAGUUCAUGAUCUUUUGAAUAUAAAGAUUGUAAAAUUGUUAUGUGUCUUAGAGUGCAGCUGCACUAAAAAUUAUUGAGGAAAAUGAUGGAAAACCUCCCAGACCAACAAAUGUUACUCUUGCCAGUCUGACAGGUAAACCCAACUCGCUUCAUUCAUCAGACUUUUCCUUCAAGUUAUGUCACCUGCAUGUUGCAUGUUUUUGGAUUAUUUCUUUAUUCCCCCAUCUAAUUUGUUUUUGUAUGCUGUACCUUUGUGCAUGAAAAUGUGUGGCUCAUUUUGCACUUGAUUUUGUGUGUAUAUAUACUUUGACAUUAAUCCAACUUAAAUAACUUAGCUGCAUUAAUCUACGUAGAUGUUAAAACUUCACUAACGGGAACCUCUUGCUUAGUUAUAUCCUGUGGCCGAAAAGAGUAAGUUGUAAUAAUUCUAGUGUUGUUUCAACAUGAAAAGCUGUUCACUUCACACUGAUUUGUUCUAUUAAAACAUGUA